AUGGCUGAUCCUCAGAAGCAGGAAGAAGCUAAACAAUCGUUCCUUCAAUCGGCGAAGAAAUGGGGAGAGAAUCCUGUCCCCCCUGCUUUACUUGCUACUCUCGUCUUUGCUCAGCAUGCUCGACCUUUCCAGCCACUCCCUAUGCUGUUUCCGCCGAUGCUCCUCUUUUCUACGUAUCUCAAUCUUCAGGGAUUUAAGAUCGACAGCGCCGGCACAACUGCUGCGUUGAGCGGCUCAUACUUGGUGCUGGCAAGCCGAAGACGUGUAGGCCUCUUCAACAAGUUUGGUACUCGGGGUAUCAUUCGAGGAGUCACGAUGGGUUUAUGCCUGGCCAAUCUUGUUGGAGGUGGUCUUGCUUAUGGCUUUGGGAGUCGGUCGAAGGAGGAUGACAAGAAACGAAGUCUAUAA